AUGGUGCCGCCGUGGUGGCUGCUGGUGGCGUUCGUGUUCGGCGGCGUCAGCGCCGCGCUCACGUCCAGCCGGGUGGUGCGCACCAAGUACGGCGACGUGAGCGGCGUGAUCGUGACGCCCGACAACCGGCGGCUGGACGCGGUCGAGGUGUUCCGUGGCGUGCCGUACGCCUCGCCACCGGUCGGCUCGCUUCGGUUCAUGCCGCCGGUAACCGGUUCGCUGUGGUCGGGCGUCAAAGUGGCCGACCGGUUCGGGCCGGUGUGCCCGCAGCGGCUGCCCAACGUGUCCGACGAGACGGCCGCUCUGAAGACGAUGGCCCGCGGCCGCAUGCAGUACCUGCGCCGGCUGUUGCCCUACCUGCAAAACCAGAGCGAGGACUGUCUGUACUUGAACAUCUACGCCCCAGCCCAAGGUAAGUGCAUUGCUCCACCCCCCCCCCCCAAAAAAAAAAUCAAUCCCGAAAUCGGUGGUCGUCUUCGUCGAGUUGGUGUUUGGCGGUCAUUGGGCAUAGCCGAGGCUCGCGCAAACCCAUUUAAACGCAUUCGGUGUGCAGGGUUUUUUUUUGUAGUCGAGUAG